AGACCGACGUGUCCGCGCUGUGCAUCGAUGUGUCGAGGGUGAAAUCGUUGGCCGGAGAACCGCGGAAAUCCAAUUAUCAGAGCCGGAAUACAUCACAGAUAUGGAUAUUGUAGCCAAAAUUUGAUUCUUUGACAGAAGGGUAGAGCAUGUGUGCGCGUGUGUAUGCCCUUAAGACAAACGGUCGGAGGGUAUAUUCGGGUUCUAUGACAAAUUCAUAAUAAUGCAUGGUUGGCUAUCUAAACAGUUUACAGGUAUGCCCAUGGUGUGUGGUUUUGUUGAGUUUUGUUCCAUCAUUCCGUCCUGGCUUUUCCAUGUUAUCACUGAUUGGUCUACGAGGGUGCAGAACACACUACAUAUUGCUUACGAUGCUUAGUUACGUGAGCGGAGUGUAAUAAUGCACACGAUGCCGAUCCCGGUGGAUGGACACCGUUGCUGGUACUGGGCGGUGCCACUUGCUGCCUGGGAUCAGCAUUACCAGCAGGAUAUAACAUAGGCGUCAUGAACAAUCCUGCUCAUCUUAUGCAAUCGUUCUGCAAUGAUAGUAUCUGGGAAAAAUAUAACGUACAGUUGUCCAGCCAUGAGCUCCAGAUACUCUGGUCCGCUAUAGUAUCGGUCUUUCUUAUCGGAGGUGUGUCUGGAUCUUUAAUUGCCAGUUGGCUGAGCGACAGAUUCGGACGGAAAGGCGCGCUGAGCGUUGGAAAUAUUUGCGGGAUCGUAGGAGCUGUUCUGUUCUUGCUCGUACGAACCAUGAACUCGGUCGAGCUUUUUCUAAUUGGCCGAGUGAUCGUUGGACUCUCUGGCGGUCUAGCUACUGCUUUGCUCCCGAUGUACAUGACAGAAAUAGCGCCUUUAAAAUUGAGAGGUGCCGUCGGAGUCUUGUGUCAAUUGGGCAUCACCUGUGGCGUGCUGAUGGGCCAGAUCGCCGGGCUCAACACUGUCUUGGGCACUCCCGAAUCCUGGCACAUAAUGUUAGCAUCUUUCUCACCGCUAUGCCUCAUCGCAUUAUUAUUAACUAUCACUUUGCCAGAAAGUCCAAAGUAUCUGUACAUAAUUAGAGGGGAACAGGGAAAGGCUCUUAAAGAACUUAGUCGUUUGCGCAACAUGGACAUAAUGCUCCUGCAAAACGAGAUUGCUGGCUUGCAAGAGGAACUAGCGGUGAGAUCGACAAGCAAGACGUGGAGCAUUAAGCGCGUGUUGAAAGAGCCGACCGUGAGACUACCUCUAUUCUUAGUGUGCCUCAUGCAAUUUGGUCAGCAACUCAGUGGCAUUAACGCAGUCUUUUACUAUUCGAACACGAUAUUUCUCGGGGCUGGCCUGGGAAUUACCGGUGCUCAAUAUGCGACCCUAGGCACUGGUGUCGCAAACAUCGGGAUGGCAGUUAUCUCCGUGCCGAUAAUGUCAUUAUUCAGCAGAAGAAAAGUAUUCUUCCUGAGUUGUUACUUAUGCAUAGGAUGCCUUAUCGUCCUGCGCAUCUCUAUCGCACUACUCCACAAAGCCUCGUUCAUGCCAUGGGUUUGCACUGUCUCGGUGCUAGCGUACGUUAUAUUUUACGGCAUUGGUCUCGGUCCUAUACCGUUUUUCAUCGGCUCCGAGCUAUUCGACGUCGGUCCUAGACCUGCCGCUAUGUCGUUAGGUAGCGUGUUCAAUUGGGGAGGGAACUUCCUCGUCGGGAUGAUGUUCCCCUUGUUACAGGCUGCGAUCGGCUCGUACGUCUUCCUAAUCUUCGCUGGGGCCAUACUGAUCUUGGUGCAGAUCAAUCAAAUCUACUUGCCUGAAACGCGAGGUCGAAGUACGACGGAUAUAGCGGCAGCCAUGACUCAAGGUUUCAAGGCAAGACCGAAUGCAACACUCUUUGCGUAGAUCAAUUGCUUAACGUAACUCGAUUAAGUACUUUUUAUACGGUUUUUUAACAAAAUCAACAAAUUGUUGUUACACUCGUACGCGAGUGACAUUUCGCGCGUUGCUCACAACCGGUUUCAUACGAUCGAAUGCACGAGUAAUUUAUUCGAGCGAGAUUCAGGUACACCAUGCGAGCGAGUUUUAUACACUAUUGUCUAUUUGUAUAUAUUCCAUCCCGUAAAUAUCGGAAGCAAUGGCGUAGAAUGGUAUCUCGUACACGCGAAGAUGAUUAAAGUAGCGCGGCUAGGAUUUUUACAUUUUAUACAAUAUCACGUACGAUCACUGCCAAUACGUAACAUCAAUUUAUUCGAAGAGUUGCAAUAUUUAAUAUUCAACGUUCUUGAAAAAUCUUACAAAAUUUUCGCUGCGCACAUACAUACCUAUAGUAAAUACAUAUAAUUUAUA